UCUCGACCCCAGCCAGUCCCGAGCGAACGCGCGCGGAGCUGCAGUGUCUGGAAGAGAGUUACCGAGGGAACGUCGCGGCCCGGGAGGCAGCCGCCCCAGGGCAGGUGGACACUGCUUGCCUGACCGUCCAACCGCCGCCCCUCCCUCCGGGGGGUCCCGAGCUGACGGAUGGGAGGCACAGCUCGCGGGCCCGGGCGGAAGGAUGCGGGGCCGCCAGGAGCCGGACUCCCGCCCCAGCAGCGGAGAUUGGGUGAUGGUGUCUAUGAUACCUUCAUGAUGAUAGAUGAAACCAAAUGCCCACCCUGUUCAAAUGCACUCUGCAAUCCUUCUGAACCACCUCUACCCAGAAGACUAAAUAUUACCACUGAGCAUUUAACAAGAGAUCCUACUCAGUGCUUCCUGAAUGGAAGUGAGAUGAAGGUAGAACAACUAUUUCAAGAAUUUGGCAACAGAAGAUCUGAUACUUUUCAGUCAGAUGGCAUCAACGACUCUGAAAAAUGCUCUCCUACAGUUUCUCAGGGUAAAAGUUCAGAUAGUUUGAAUACAGUAAAAUCUAGCAGUUCAUCCAAAGCAUCCAAAGUGUUGCCUCUGACUCCAGAACAAGCACUGAAGCAAUAUAAACACCACCUCACUGCUUAUGAGAAGCUGGAAAUCAUCAAUUAUCCAGAAAUUUACUUUGUGGGUCCAAAUGCCAAAAAAAGACAUGGAGUUAUCGGUGGUCCCAAUAAUGGGGGUUAUGAUGAUGCAGAUGGGGCCUAUAUUCACGUGCCUCGAGACCAUCUAGCUUAUCGAUAUGAGGUGCUGAAAAUUAUUGGCAAGGGCAGUUUUGGGCAGGUAGCCCGGGUCUAUGAUCACAAACUUCGACAGUACGUGGCCCUGAAGAUGGUACGCAAUGAAAAGCGCUUCCAUCGCCAAGCAGCCGAGGAGAUCCGGAUUUUGGAGCAUCUUAAAAAGCAGGAUAAAACUGGUAGCAUGAACGUUAUUCAUAUGCUGGAAAGUUUCACGUUCCGGAACCAUGUUUGCAUGGCCUUUGAGUUGCUGAGCAUAGACCUUUAUGAGCUCAUUAAAAAAAACAAGUUCCAGGGUUUUAGCAUCCAGUUGGUUCGCAAGUUUGCUCAAUCCAUCUUGCAAUCCUUGGAUGCUCUCCACAAAAACAAGAUCAUUCACUGUGACCUGAAGCCAGAAAACAUUCUCCUGAAACACCAUGGGCGCAGUGCGACUAAGGUCAUUGACUUUGGGUCCAGCUGUUUUGAGUACCAGAAGCUUUACACAUAUAUCCAGUCUCGGUUCUACAGAGCUCCAGAGAUCAUCUUAGGAAACCGCUACAGCACGCCCAUUGACAUAUGGAGUUUUGGCUGCAUCCUUGCAGAACUUUUAACAGGACAGCCUCUCUUCCCUGGAGAGGAUGAAGGAGACCAGCUGGCCUGUAUGAUGGAGCUUCUAGGGAUGCCACCACCAAAACUCCUGGAGCAAUCCAAACGUGCCAAGUACUUUAUUAACUCCAAGGGCCUACCUCGCUACUGUUCUGUGACCACUCAGGCAGAUGGGAGGGUUGUGCUUGUGGGAGGUCGUUCACGGAGGGGUAAGAAGCGGGGUCCCCCAGGCAGCAAAGACUGGGGGACAGCACUGAAGGGGUGUGAUGAUUACUUAUUCGUAGAGUUUUUGAAAAGGUGUCUUCACUGGGACCCCUCUGCCCGCCUGACCCCAGCUCAAGCACUGAGACACCCUUGGAUUAGCAAGUCUGUGCCCAGACCUCUCACCAUUGAAAAGGUGUCAGGCAAAAGGGUAGUAAAUCCUGCAAAUGCUUUCCAGGGCCUGGGUUCCAAGCUGCCUCCAGUUGUAGGAAUAGCCAAUAAGCUUAAAGCUAACUUAAUGUCAGAAACCAGUGGUGGUAUACCUCUGUGCAGUGUAUUGCCAAAACUGAUUAGCUAAUGGACAGCUGGUGUGCUCAGAGAUGAUAUGUAGGUAUUUUUAAUUAUCUUGCAAACCUGAAAAUGGAAAAAAAAAAACCCAAGCCCAUUCAUGGAUAUGUUUUUGGUAGACUAGAUAUCUUUUUUUAACAAGGCAAAGCAUUUUUAUAUGACUGUAAAAGAACUCUUGAAGGGCUAAUUACCUAACCAGCUUGUAUUGGCCAUCCUGGGAUACAUAGUAAAAGGCUUUUUAUAGGUCAGUGCAUCUUUUGUUAUUAUUGUCAGGUGUGCAUCAACCUGUGUAUUAUUCUGUUGGUUUAAAUCCCUUUCUCUCAAGGUAAACGAUAUACCAGAAAGUAUAUCCUGAACAUUCACUUCUAGUCUCCCUCGGCAUCUGUUCUAGAGGGUUAAUUUGGGACAUGGCCGUAGUUAUAGAUGCGACUCAAAGC